AUGCACGCCGGUCUGCAGUUCCUCGACUGCGCCUCCAAGUCAAUCCUCGGCCUGGUCUGGACGCGCUGCCCGGCUUGGUGCGUGGAGCCCCCCCGGGAGCCCAGCGUGCCCAGAGUAAACGUCUGCACACAAGGGAAGGAUGCUGAAACUCCAGGCAGAUUGGUCAAAAACCUGCUGGUUGUGCAGCUGCCACAGGCACCACCUCGUUACCUAUCAGGUUUCAAUGGCGCCCGUCGCCUGCCGAGGCUGAGUGCCCCACAGGUGUCGAUGGGGAAGCUGCAGAGCAAGCCCAGCGUCCGCCCCCCGCACAAGUACAGGGUCGAGUCUCCGGCAUGUGUGCUGGGCGAAGCGUCGGUGCGGCACUUUCCCCGCGUUCACCGCGACGCCGUCGCCUCUCUCGCGCUGCUCGGCCCUGGACUCAGCCUCUCGGGCAGCAAGGACUGCACGGUGGUGCUCUUUGAUUGGGAGAGGGGGGAGCUGUCCGCACGACUGCUCGGCCACGCCCGUGAUGUCACCAAGGUGGCGUGUGUGCCGGGCGGCACUCACGUGUUCAGCGCGUCGCGCGACCGCACCGCGUGCAUGUGGCACCGUGCACACCCCGCCGACGGCCCCGUCGCCACCUUCUCCGGCCACGAGCUCGUGCUCACGGGACUCUCCCUCAACCACGACGGCAGUGUCCUGUGCACGGGUUCCCGUGACAACGCGCUCUGCUUCUGGGACGUGGACACGGGCGUCUGCGUGCGGCGAGCGUCCCUGCCUCGGAACCUGGUGACGGACUUGUGCUGGGUGCCUGGCAGCGCUCUGGUGGCCCAGGCAUCCGAGGAUAAAACUGUGCGGCUGUGGGACAGCCGCACGGCGCAGGUGUCGGUGCUGUUUCCCCCCAAGUGCCACAUCCAGACGAGCUGUGCGGUGUCCCCCAGCGCCACCCACCUCCUCAGCACCAGCGCCGGGGUCAACGCAGAGGGCUGCGAGGCCACGCUAUGGGACGGGCGGCAACCGUGCGGUGCUGUGCGGGAGUUCCACGGACACAGCCAGAGCAGCAGCAGCUGCUGCUUCCUGCCCGGGGGCCUUUUGGGAACGGCCUCGCACGACGGCACCGCGCGCGUCUGGGAGCUGCACGCCACAGAGUGUGUGUGCGUAGCGAUCCUGGGUGGCCCACUCACAGCGAUGUGCUCGGGUGGCGAUGGGCGCAUCCUCUGUGGCGGAUUCCACUCGGGCGUGCACGUCUUGGAGCUCAUCAGCAGUCACGGCCCCACUGCCCUGCGCACGCUGGCGCGCUUCUGAAAGAGCAACCUGCCCUGCCGCACAGCGUUCGUGCCGUUGCAGACUUAUCAGGUCACACACAUUCAGCGAGUGUUUCUAGUGUCAGAGGUCAGAGGACUUAACUGGCACUGGCGAGACCCUGGGUUUGAAUACAGACGGUCGCCCGCCAUGAAACUGAGUUCGCAAAAUGUAGCGAGAGCCGAUGGUCUCUGCCCGAACAGCAAUGGUUUCACACGUAAAAAAACAUCGCGCGAAAUUUGAUUCUGAAACUUAAUUUGGUUAAUUUCCAGCUGUGGGAAUUAGCGAUAUUCUCGAUUUGAAGCUUUCAUGACUGCAAGGAUUCAUACUCUUAGAUUUUUUUCGGUAAAGUCACGUAGGUAAAAGAUUAAAUAAGACAAAAUGAAUGAAAACAACUAAAUUAAAUCACGCUGCAGCGGUUUUGCUGAGGCGGUCAUACCUGAUGACGGAUGUUUGUGUUGCAUUCGAAACGUCGUGAUUUAAUUGAGUUGUUUUCAUUGAUUUUGCUUUAUUUUAUCUUUUACCUCCGUGACUUUACCGAAAAAAAACAAAGAGAAUGAACGAUAUAGGUUGAUUGUCGUGUGAUGAACAUUACGGGCAGAGGCAGAAUAGGCGAGAAAGCGAUACUCCUUAUUGUGUUGACGAAAGGUCUGUGAAGUGGUCUCAGAUGUCGGAUUGCACUGCACUGAGAGAUAUCUGAAUGUAUACAUCAUCUCAGAAGAAUGGAGGCUGGGUCUCCACCAAUUGUCUGUAGGGUUCAACAAUGCAGUUAUUUUUGUAACCUAUUUUUGUUUAACAUGAGCUCUAAAAGCAUUUAUCCCCCAUUCCCCUAAUAAUAGUCAACGUGCAGGGUUAAAAUGGCAGUAAUGUCUAAGGUCUGAAGAUAUUUGUAAAUUUGUACUAUUUAUUUCAGACCAACACGGUCUUUGGAUCACAUCAAAGAUUUAUUUUUACACCCUGGGGAAGGAUUGAUGAUUAAACCCAGGACAGAGUGGUUUUUAGAACCAGGAUGGAGUCUAGUUGCAGGCGCAGGAGAGGGUCUGGUUUUGGGUUCUAUAACUAAACUAUUUUGUAUUUUACCAGGUCAGGCCCUCUGAGCGAUGUAGCUCUUUUUCAGAAGCGACCUGGCCACAAAUGAUAGCUCAACGAAGUGGCUUAUCACGUGGAAAUGUACAGCAGUCAAAUACUCUUAAACGCGUGCUUCUAAACGUGGAGGCAAAGACCGGAGUACCCGGAUAAAAAUCCACGCGACCACGGAGAGAGAGACACGCAGACUCCAAAUGUACAGCAGCAGGCGUCAGGGUCGGGAUCGAACCCACGACCUCCUGUGCACCAGGCGAGGUAGUUAACAUCUCCUAGCCGCUGUGGCGCCCCCACAGUGACUCGGAGAUGUUCAGCUCUCCUUUGAGUGGAGCCCCGUGACCACGAGUCGUGUGGACGCGUCCCCAGCCCCGCCACACUCUGCACACCUUCGUGGUUGCCGCGCUCACUUAAAUAUUUAAGCGUCACCUUUAACGAACGAGAUGGAAACUCAGGUCCGCAGUAACAUUUCAGGUUUUUUAAAGACGCAAACUCCGAGUCUCUAAUAAUUUCAUAGAUUUUUUACCUAUUGCAUGAAACUUGAAGUGACCGUUGUUGCGUUCUGAAGGAUGCGACUAAAGCUGCCUGGAGCUUUCUAUCCCGAGCAAAUAUUCACCUGCAAAGCACUGGAUGGGAAGCCCUGCAGCUCUGCCGACUGAAAAGGCACUGAUUAUAAUGUUGGUAACGUUAUUGGUAACCACUGAUUAUAAUGUUUGUAACGUUAUUGGUAACCACUGAUUACAAUGUGUGUAACGUUAUUGGUAACCACUGAUUAUAAUGUUUGUAACGUUAUUGGUAACCACUGCAAGCAGUGGUCGCGGAAGACAUAUCUGAGCCUAGUCAAAUGCCCUCCCUGAAGUUUUCAAUCCAGGGCAAAGCCUGCCAAUCCAUGCAAAAGCUGCCCCCUUUACAAGAGUUCCCAGACAAUCCAUCGUCCGGUCACCCAUUAAAUGAUCAAUACACUCCACAUGUAUUGAUCACCUCGUAAUUGACAGGCUGUUCUCAUUAUUAUUAUUAUUUUCUCUACCACUGCUAACAACAGCGGUGAAUGAUAUCUGAACAGGUCCUGGGCUCCGCCUCUGUUCCCCAUGAAAUCAUAUCUUAAAACUAAGCAUCAGCCACAACGUGCACACUUUAAACUACCUCUCAAUGCAUUCUCUAAGCCCUGUUGGUACAGGUCCGCUAUGCAAGACGCCAGCAAUAAGACACCGAGCGCUCAUCUUCUCCUGCAGUGGAGGAGGAGGGUGCAGCACGUGGUGCACCUUCACAACACACGAGCCAGCCAGCAGGGCCUUCCGCUGGCUCCGCUUGGGGCUCACAAAUCACGCCGUCAACAAUGUUCUCUGCGCAUGGCAUCGAAGUAGACCUGAGACGAAAUGGCCGAUUCACCCGGGACAACGGCCGAUAUCAUCAGUUCUAGAUUUGAAGCUUUCGUGACUGCAAGGAUUCAUACUCUUAGGUUCUUUCGGUAAAGUCACGUAGGUAAAAAAUACAAUUAAAAGUU